AUGGAGAGAGUGAAGUCGCUGAUAACAGAAUCGACUAUUCAAGAAUAUCAAGACAAUGGUGCAGUAUGCAUUCGACAAUUACUGAAUCAUGAUGAAAUCGAACUACUUCGACAAGGUGUCGAACACAAUCUUCAUCAUCCAUCCGCACGAUUCAAAAUCGCUAGUCGAGAUGAUGACCAAGGAAAACUCGUCGAGGAUUUUUGUACUUGGCAAGACAAUCCUGAUUAUAAGCGAUUCAUUUAUCAAUCACCAUGUGCACAAGUCGCUGGUUUAUUAAUGAAGAGUAGCACCAGUCGUCUGUAUCACGAUCAUUUGCUUGUCAAAGAAGCAAAUACGAAACAAAUAACACCAUGGCAUCAAGAUCAACCGUAUUACAAUAUCGACGGUUUUCAAACAUGUAGUUUCUGGAUUCCUGUCGAUCCAGUAUCGCGGUCGUCGACACUCGAAUUCAUUUCCGGUUCGCAUCGAAAUAGCCGAUGGCUUAUGCCGAGAACGUUCAUGAACAUGGAAGCGAAAUGGUUUCCUGAAGGCACGCUGGAUGNACAAAAGCCGGUCCAUCUGAUUAUCGUCAUUCAAAUCAGCGACAAGGUAUGGACCAAAAUUUGUGCUCGAACAUGUUGUAUUCACCGAUAG